AUGGAUUUUAUCACCGCCGGUGUGGCGGUGGCGGCCGCCUCCUAUCAGCAACUAAACUACAACCUAAGUCGUGUCCAGACAAAGGAGGCAUUGGAGCAUUUGGCAUCUAUAGAUUUGAUUGAGCUGUGCAAUGAAGCCAAAAUUGAACGCUGUCGGGCAACAAGAGACUUAAGAAGCUGUGGGCGCUACGUUGAAAAUGUACUGAAUACAUGUGAACAUGCAUCUUUGUGUACAGAAUGUUGUCCGCGGUGUGAUAUUUGCCCAAUUUGUAGAGUUCCAAUAACAAGAAAUGGAAACAAACUUUGCCUUCGCCUGUACUAUGAAUGCAUAGAAGCUGGCCUCAUUUCGAAGAAGUGUGAUGACAGGUUUCAGGAGAAAGAAGGUGGUGAGAAACAGCUAACUGCUGAUAUUGAACGACUCUAUUCUUUGUUUGAUGUUGCUAUGGAGAACAACUUGGUCUCGCUUAUUUUUCAUUAUGUUACAGAUGUUUGCAUGGAUGAAAGUGCUGUAUCCAGUGAUCCCGUCAUUGCUUUUUUAUUGGAUGAAGUAGUUGUCAAGGAUUGGUGCAAGAGAACAUUAAAGAAUAUUCUUUCUGAACUGAAAGGCAUAUACAGUCUUGCAACAAAUGAAAUGAGAACAAUGUUAAGUUCACUUCUAAAGAUUUCAGUGAAGCUGGCUGGGGUAUCUGGAGUUAUUGAAGUUCUAGAAUCAUCAUUUAAGGGGACCCUUUCAGCACAGGUUCAUGACCUGCACCUGCUGCAGGAGAGCAUAUUAAAGACAAAGCAGCACAUGGAAAUGAUGAUAUGGUGCAUAAGGCAUGAUUUUCUUGAGAAUAUCAGUCAUCGUUAUAGUGGUUUUGCGUCAUGGCGUAAUUCUGUCCGUGAAAGGAAAGAAGCUGCCACUAGGCGAUCAUGGCCAGAAUCAUUGAAUAUCUCUGCAGAUUCCUCGAGAAAUGGGAGUGGAACUCUUUUUAUUGAAGAUGCUCUGUCAAAUGUGGAGAUAGAACAAAGUUACACACUUGGGAUUGGCGGGGACAUAGAAAUUGCAGCCUUGCAAAAGGGUGGAAGCUCUUCAUUUUUCAGGUCUAAAAUAGAGGGUAUGGCCGGAUGCUACCCAUUUGAGAAUCUUCGAGCUGCUGCUGAUAUACUCUUUUUACAUGGGAGUUCUGACCUGGUGGUUGCAAAGCAAGCAAUAUUUCUCUAUUACUUGGUUGAUAGACAUUGGAACAUGCAAGAUGCUGAAUGGAGACUCAUCAUAGAUGACUUUGCUGCUACAUUUGGGGUAACCAGGCAUUCAUUACUGGAGUCUUUUGUCUUCUAUAUGCUGGAUGACCACACAGAUGAAGCCAUGCAAGUAAGUUUCUUAUAUUGUUUAGCUUGAACUCAAAUUUUGCUU